AUGGAUGCUAGAAACAUGUUGAGGUUCCUAGUUCUUUCAUUUGGUUUUACACUAGUUUUACUUCUUACCUGGUUUCACUUUCCGACAUCAUUCCUUAACAAGGAAACUCUAGACUGCAAUGUUUACUCCGGUUGGUGUACCUCUAAGAACCGUUUCCACUCUUCAAAUCCAAUCAACAAACCAAAAUUCUCCACUCACAACCAAAAACCACGACACGAAUCUGAUGUUCCUCACCACCCUUUAGAUCCUCUAACCAUCCGAGAAUUCAACGAGGUUCGCGCGAUCCUGUCUGAACACCCUCUCUUUAAGUCCUCAAACAGUUAUACUCUUAAUUCCAUUGUUCUAGAUGAACCUGACAAAGAACUUGUCGUCAAAUGGAAAAAGGGUCAACCAUUACUUCCUAGGAAAGUUUCUGUGGUUGCACUUGUGAAAGGUGUCACUCACACUCUUAUUGUUGACCUUAGCACAAGUGAAGUAACCAACCAUGAAACAAGGUCACCUUCUUCUGGAUACCCUACCAUGACGAUCGAGGAUAUGCAAAGUGUACUUGAUGUUCCGUUGAAGAGCGACGAGUUCAACCGCACGAUCAUUAAACGCGGUGUGAAUUUAUCAGACCUUUCAUGCCUUCCACUGGCUGCAGGGUGGUAUGGAACACCGGUGGAAGAGAAUAGAAGGUUGAUUAAGGUGCAGUGUUAUUCAAGCAAAGGAACUGUGAACUUCUACAUGAAACCAAUAGAAGGUUUAACUGUAUUGGUUGAUAUGGAUAAGAAAGAGGUUGUGUCCAUUACAGAUAAUGGACUAAACAUUCCCGUUGCAAAUGGAAUCAACACUGAUUACCGUUACUCGGUUCAGAAGCUCAAUGGAGAGAUGAAUUACCUGAUAAAUCCAAUAUCAUUGGAACAACCAAAAGGUCCAAGCUUCACAGUUGAUGGACAUAUAGUGAAAUGGGCUAAUUGGGAGUUUCAUUUGAAACCUGACCCUAGAGCGGGAAUCAUUAUUUCUCAAGCCAAGACAUACAUGGAUGCUGGUGAAUAUGGAUUUGGUUUGCAAGCAAUGCCUUUAGACCCUUUGAAUGAUUGUCCAAGAAAUGCUUAUUACAUGGAUGGAGUGUUUACUUCUGCUGAUGGAACACCCUUUGUCCAACCAAACAUGAUUUGCAUUUUUGAGAGUUAUGCUGGUGACAUUGCUUGGCGACAUGCCGAGUGUCCAAUCACUGACAUGAAGGUAACAGAAGUGAGACCAAAGGUGACACUGGUGGUUAGAAUGGCAGCAGCCGUGGCGAACUAUGACUAUAUCAUCGAUUGGGAAUUUCAAACCGAUGGACUAAUCAGAUCAAAGGUUGGACUAAGUGGUAUCUUGAUGGUGAAAGGAACAACCUAUGAGAACAUGAACCAAAUACCAGACCAAGAAUAUCUCUACGGAACACUUUUAAGCGAAAACAUUAUCGGCGUAAUCCAUGACCAUUUUAUCACAUAUUACCUUGACAUGGACAUUGAUGGCUCAGACAAUUCAUUCAUAAAGGUAAAUAUAAAGAAACAAGAAACCUCUCCAGGAGAGUCCCCAAGAAAGAGUUACCUGAAAGCUGUGAGAAAAGUGGCUAAGACGGAAAAAGAUGCUCAGAUAAAGCUUCAACUAUAUGAUCCAUCUGAAUUUCAUGUGGUGAACCCUUUGAAGAAAACAAGGCUGGGGAAUCCUGUUGGGUACAAAUUGGUUCCUGGUGCCACAGCAGCUAGUUUACUUGAUCAUGAAGAUUCAUCUCAAAAGAGAGCAGCUUUUACAAAUAAUCAAAUAUGGGUUACUCCUUAUAACAAGAGUGAGCAAUGGGCUGGUGGAUUACUUGUUUACCAGAGUCACGGCGAUGAUAAUCUUCAAGUGUGGUCCAACAGGGAUCGUCCGAUUGAGAAUAAGGACAUUGUGUUAUGGUACACAGUAGGGUUCCAUCAUGUACCAAGUCAAGAGGACUAUCCUAUAAUGCCUACUGUAUCUGCAAGUUUUGACCUGAAGCCUGUCAAUUUCUUUGAAAGAAAUCCAAUUCUGAGAAUGCCACCGAAUUUCCAAGAUGAUUUACCUGUUUGCAAGGCACGUGAUUCAGCUUGA